GAGGCGGUCGAAGGGUCCGUAGAAGAAGAGCGAACGAACCACCUGAAGCAGCCAAUGAAUGGAGACUGGGAGGAAACCGGACAAACCUAGUUUUACCUGUUUUUUUUCUGCAUAGCUUUCUUCCUCUUCUCGCCUUUAGAGUUUAGAGCAUAAUGAAAUAGUAUAUUUAAUAAAUUCUUUAAACCCCUAAGUUGUCUCACCGCUAGAGGAAGCGCUCUGUGCCUUCACCGUGGGCUGUUCGGUUCGUCUGACCGGGAGAGGCUGCAGACAUGUCCGACAACGGCGGCUCGGCGGUCGGCCUUCUGUCCUAUGAGACUCUGGUCCAUGCUGUGGCAGGUGCAGCGGGGAGUGUGACAGCUAUGAGCGUCUUCUUCCCUCUGGACACGGCUAAAAGCAGACUGCAGGUGGAUGAGAGUCGGAAAUCUAAAUCCACCCCUGUCAUCCUGGCUGAGAUCGCAAAAGAAGAAGGCCUACUGUCUUUGUACAGAGGUUGGUUCCCAGUUAUCUCCAGUCUCUGCUGCUCCAACUUUGUGUACUUUUACACCUUCAACACCCUGAAGAAGCUCACCGCUGCUGGUCCACGUGGGUCCAGACCUGGAAAAGACCUACUCAUUGGUGUCGUAUCAGGGGUAGUGAAUGUGAUCCUGACCACUCCCAUGUGGGUGGUCAACACCCGACUGAAGCUGCAGGGGGCAAAGUUCAGAAAUGAAGACCUGCAGCAAACCCAGUACAGAGGCAUAUAUGAUGCCUUCUCACAGAUCAUCACCAGGGAAGGGGUGAGGACGCUGUGGAAUGGGACCCUGCCCUCGCUCAUCCUUGUCCUCAACCCUGCAGUGCAGUUCAUGUUCUAUGAGGCCAUGAAGAGGAAGGCAGGAAAAGGAGGCAGGAAGAUAUCCUCAGCAGAGAUAUUCCUCAUAGGAGCCAUCGCUAAGGCCAUUGCUACCACAGCGACGUACCCCCUGCAGACAGUUCAGGCCAUUCUAAGGUUUGGUCAGUAUAAAUGUGAGGGCAAGGGUGGCAUCCUGGGAAGCCUCUCCAACGUUUUGACUCUGCUCAUGGACAGAAUCAAGCGACACGGAUUUCUCGGGUUGUACAAAGGCCUGGAGGCAAAGCUGCUGCAGACGGUACUGACAGCUGCCCUCAUGUUUGUUGUGUAUGAAAAGAUCACAGCGACCACAUUCAAAGUCAUGGGCCUGAACAAGAACCUGAAGAAAUGAGACAUUCAGUUAAAUAGUCUGGUAGUCAGAAAGCCAGGAACCAGAUUACACCUUUAAUCAGCGUCAGUAGGAUUCAUGCCUAAAACUUUUACAAUAUGUUAAUGCGAGGACUAGUUUCAGACAGCUGUGAUAUUUCCAGUACGUCGUCUUUAUUAGCAAGUGGUUUCAUCGCUGUAGGUAAAUUCCUCUCUAAGGCUGCGUUCACACUGCAGGCACAAGUGUCCCAUCUGAUAUUUUCACGCAUUUAUGUUUUUUUUUCCCAAGAUAAAUCAGACAGAAUCUGAUCUUUAUAACUCUGGUCCUGAAUCAGAUUUGAUCUUUUUUUUUUUUUUAAAGUGACCUCAGUCUGAAUGGUGACAUCAAAAUUCAUCAAUUUGUCAGAAGUCACUUGCAUUGUAUGAAGUAAAGUAGAAUGAAUCCAAAACAUCAUGUAAUAAUAAAACACUGACAGAUACCGUAGAGGAUAGAUUGUCAUCUACUUUAUGAAUCCCUUUUUCCAAAGAGCACCUCCAACAACCUCUUUUUUGGUUCUAGAGGCAUUCCUUCCCAUGAAUUUUUGAACAGACAGAUACCAUUUUAUUAUGCAAUGAAUAUCGAUGAGUCUUAAAAGUAAGACUUUGAAUGCACAACUUUUACUUGAGUGGAGUGUUUUCACUGUGUCUCAGUACUUUAACAAAAGAGAAUGUUCUGGAAUCUGAUAUUGGCCACAAAAAAUGUGAAUGCCAAACAAAAAUAAAAAUCACAUCAGAACUGAGCACUAACGCUGGCAGUGUGAACGUAGCUGAAGUGAUUUUACAGAAGCUGGGAUUCACAUAACCCAAAACAUUACAGUAUGAUAGACAAGCAUGGGUUUUGCCUGAGUCAAAAACUAACUAGUUAACUAAAGAGGCACAGUUUUUUGACAUUUAAAGCAUGUACAUGUUGGAAACUGAAGGCAAAAUUUAUCACAGAUUUGCCUUUAUUCAGGAAUACCACCUACAAUGACAGUUUACUGCAAAUGCUGCCCAAGUUACCAACCUUUACUUAGUGAAACAUAUCGCCUUCAGUUAAACCACCUGAUUCCUCCUCACCCUGUGUCUUAUGUUUUUAACUGUGAAUUUAAUCAAGUUUGCUGUUUUAGAAGAUUGACUUGUCUCAAAUUUGUCAUAUACUUUUUUUUAAGUGCAAACUUACAAAAACUGACCAGUAAUAACAUAAAUAACAGAAAUGAGAUAUAGUUUACAUAUAAAAUCUGCAACUACCUUCCUCUCAGUUCAGUAGCGGUAUGACUUUAGUCAGAAUAUGUUAAUUUAAUAUAAAUGGGUGUGAACAGUUGGAUGUGUUAUGCAUAAAUACUGGAGUUGGUGCUAAGUGCCUCUAACUGAUAUCACAGUGAACUACUCCAACAUAACUUAGUGCUGUGACUGUUGAUGUAGGAAACCCAUAAUGCACUGGUGUAUUCGUCUACUGUCCUCAUGACUGCUCGGGUCAGUGUGAACAUUGUCAUGCAGGCGUUCGUUGUAGGUUGAGAAAGGCAGGGCUCGCAUUAAUUUACAGUGCUCGGCGUUAACUCUACCGUUAUUGAUUUUCUGUUUGUUUUCACUCUAAACUGAAAACUAGUUUAAAAAACCAGAUUUGAGCUCCUUCACAGUUAACUUAUCUUUGUUGUGACUUGAUUUUGCUUUUAUACUUUUCCGCUGAACCUAUAAUAUGCUGCAAAAUCACAAUAUAUGUGUUAAUAAUGAAAGUUAAAGUCAUCCAUGUUCUGGAUUGACUUUUCUCAGACCUUGUUUCACAGGUGCACUUAAGUAAGUAUACAAGAGGUCCAAGAUUAGCUGCUAUUGUCUGUGACUAUGGAGUAAUAAAUAAGACAAAAAUGGAGACUUUGAAUGGCAGGUGUCUGGAACAG